AAUUUGUUGUAUAUUAUUUUAAUUUUUAUACUAUCGUGAUAAUAUAAUAAAAUUUUUAUAAAUAACUAAACUAUGAGGAGUACUGAUAGUAAAUGUGCGACAUAACCUUAAAAUUUUAAAGUAACAUUGUGAAGAAGGUAGCGUUGGAUAUUUUCUAUAUUACAAUUAUUUCCUACAAAUAUAGUUUAGAUGAUCUCGCUCGAAGCAUUAGUAAAAAUUGCUAGUUUUACUGGUUUUGCAGUAGCUGGAGCAGGAUAUGCAUUUCGUUAUAAAAUACAGAAUGAACUUCGCGAAGGUAAACUUUACAAGGAUGCGAUGGAACAUUUGAACAAUCAUCAAAAGGCUCUAGAUUUAUUAGGAACUCCUAUAAAAGAAAAAAGAAUUAAUAUAAGCGAUCCGGAAAAGAAUGGAUCUACUGACAAUACAACUUGGCUUACAAUUCCUAUCGUGGGAUCUAAAAACUUUGGAGAAUUGCGUGUUGAAGCUCUUAUAACCGAAGACUCGGAGAAAAAAUUGAAAGCUGAUAUUUACAAAAUAGAAUUAAAGAUUAGAGAAAUGCCUGAUAAAGUGUUUGUGAUGAAAGACGAUAGCUCAACUAUUAUUGAUAAAUUGUAGUUAAAGAUUUGUAAUAUAUUAUGUGUAUGAAUUAUGUAUUCAUAUGAAAUUA